GUCUAUGAGCUCGACAAGCCCGAGGCAUUGGCACAGUUUCUGCAGGACGCGGACAUCCGCCUCGUGCGGGCCGAGUACUUCCUCAAACUACUGCAGGAGAAGCGCCCACUGAAGCGGCGACAAGAAGCUGAAGUCCCGAGCGAAACCUGCAGCUCUUUGAAUCAUGGAGUCUGCUCCGCUUUAGUCCCUCAUGAGGAAGUGCAAGAGUGGGCGCAAGGACGUCAGCACGCAUUGAUUGUCUCGAUCUCCCAUGCUUGGGAAACUCGAGAACACCCCGACCCAUGCAGGUUCCAACUGCAGCAAAUUUGGAAUGCUGUUGGCCUGUAUGCUGCUGCAAACAGAGCCGUGUGGGUGUUUUAUGAUUACAUGUCGCUUUUCCAGUUUAAGCGGCAAACUGAAGCCCAAAAUGAGAGCUUCAGGCGCUCAAUGAAUGCCAUGCACAUGCUUUAUGCACACGAUUCCACGCAUACGUUUCGAAUCGAGAGUCUCACCCCACAAGAUGUUUGGAACACCAUGCUGGAUGAGAGUGUGCCAGUUUACCGCGAAGAGACCAGCGCAGUCGAACCACGCCCCUUGCGGUGCUUAACUCCAAACUCGAAUCCUUACCUGCAGCGGGGCUGGUGUAUGGCUGAAAUUGAAUGGUCAUCAACGAGGAGUGAUUCGUCCAUGCACCAGCGCAUUGGCCCUGGAUCCGAGGGUGCUGAACAUCCGGGCGGCCGGGUACCGAUGGCCCCGGAUCUUUUCAGAGAGCAAAUGCACCAGGCUGUGUUCACGCACAGGUCUGAUGUUGAAAGCGUCAUCCGUUUGCAAGAGAAGAUUUUCUUCCAGAAGGUGACAGUCUGCAAAGAGCUGACGCUGUCGUGGCUGGUGCCAGACCAGCUCUCCGCUUUGGCG